GGGAUCGAAAGAGAGGAGAGAGAGAGAGAGAGGGGCCACGGAAACGAACGAAAAAAAAGCAUCUUGUGAGGGUUCUCUGGAGAACUCGCUGGGGAGAGAAGGGGGAGAAAAAUAGAGAGAAAAAAUUCUUAAUUUCCCCAGCAUCUGGAGUUAGGAUUAGGGUUUCUUCUCUCGUUCUCUACUUCCUGAAUCUAGGGUUAGAGUUUUCUCUUUUUCGUCUCCAUAUUUCCUUGCUUCCUUGAUAUUCGUUGACGAGCGGAAUCGUUUGAUUGUUUGGUGCCGGUUGAAAAGAGUUUGAUCGAUUGCUAGGGUUUGAUCGGAUUUUUUUGUUGUUGUUUUUGGUGGGUUUUUGUAUUGGGAUUGCGAAUCUAGGGUUUGCGGAUUGGUUAGAGGGAUGGACGAGGCCUGGGAGAGAGCCGUGGAGACGGCCCUCGAAGGACAGGCGGACUCGUCCUCGGCGCCGCGAACCCUAACCCUAGACGGGGCGGUGAAGUGCCUCCAGGGGCGGCUUCCGCCGCCGAGGCUGCUGGAGAGGUACCAGAGCCUGGAGCACCUCUCCAUCGCCAACGUCGGGGUGUCGUCGCUGGAGAAGUUUCCACGCCUCCGGAACCUCCACAGGCUGAUACUCUCUGACAACCGGAUCGCCGGCGGCCUUGAGUUCCUGGUGGAGGCUGGGCUUGAUUCGCUCCGUGAUCUCGAUCUCUCCAACAAUCGAAUCCAGUUCCUCGAGGAUCUCGCGCCUCUCGCGCAGCUCCGGCUGGUGUCGCUGGAUCUCUACGAGUGCCCGGUCACCAGGGUCAAGGACUACCGAUCCCGGGUGUUCGGGAUGAUCAGGACGUUGAAGUAUCUCGACAAGAUGGAUGCUGAUGAGAACGAGCGUCCGGAGACGGACGACGAGGAGGAGGAUGAGGAAGACGAGGAGGAGGACGAGGAGGACGCUGGGAGCGGCGAAGUUGAUGGUGGGGAUCGAGCCGGGAGGUCAGUGAAUGGCGUCGGGGGAAGUGCCAGAGGUGAUGCGAUUGUCGAUGUGGAUGAGGAUGAGGAGAGUGACGCCGAUGAGGAGGAGACUGAAACUGGUAGGAGUGUGGAGGCCAAUGGACUGGGCCGGGGGCCUCAUCACCAUCUAUCAAAUGGGUUCCGGGUCGCGCCAGUCGGAGCAACUUCCAUUGAUGUCGAGGACGAGGAGGAAGAAGAGGAGGACGUGGAGGACGAUGAGGAGGAGGAAGAGGAUUUGGUGGAGGAGAUCGAUGAGGAGGAAGGGGAAGAUGAUGAUGUGGUUGAGGUGCAUGAUGUUGGGGAUAGUGAUGAGGAUGCUGAUGGGGUGGAGGAGGAUGGAGAAGAGGCGGUAGAUGAAGAGGAGGUUGAUGAGGAGGAUGGGGAUGGAGAUGGAGAUGAAGAUGAAGAUGAAGAGGAAGUGGAGGAUGAAGAGGAUGAUGGUGAGCCAGGGAGCACGGGGAGGUUGAUGAGCACGGAAGGGGAGAUCGAUGGGCAUGAGCAGGGGGAGGAGGAUGAGAAUGGGGAGAUCGGCGAGGAGGAUGAGCAAGGAGUGGAGGAGGAUAGGGAGUAUGAGGAGGGUGAUGGUGAGGAUGAAGACGAGGAAGAGGAUCUUGGAACAGAAUAUCUAGUGCAGCCAAUUGUUCAACCUGUUGAUGAGACUGGAGGAAGUGAUUUUGAUGCUUGCAGCGAAGAUGAUGAGGACGAAGUUGAUGAUGAGGAGAAUAAUCACAGCAAUGGUGUCCAGCCACCCCUUCCCUCCUCUUCUCAACCCAACAAGAGGAAAAGAGAUGAAGAAGAUGAUGACAGUGUUGAGGAUCUGAGGUCUUCAAAGCAUCACUGAUGAUGAUUCAGCAGCAUUGUACAUGGAUGCUAGUAGAAGUAACAAGGGGUUUGAGUUUUCCCUCCAAAUAGCUCAGGAAGUUCAAAAACAAGUAGCCGUUGGACACUGUUUGAUUUUUGCGGACUCGGCAAUUCGCAAGCUGUUUCUCUUGGUUAGCUUCUCUGGUAUCUGCUUGGAGUCCCCUAUCUCAAAGCAUUUAUUCUGACGCUCUUUGUGUGUGGUGUUGCGUGGCGUCGGUAGGUGCUUUCUUUUUCUUGCAGGUAUUUGCGGGGCAUACGGACGGGGGGAAUUGCACAAUUUGAUGCCUUAAUGAGGGGUGGUAAGCUUCUUUAUUUUAUGACUAUCUUUGUUGCGUGUUUCACAGCUGGAUACUUAAAGUUCAUUUCUUUUGCCUCCUAUCCGCCAAUCGCGAGCUAAAAAUGUCACGUUAGAACAGUCUUGAUGUAUGGGAUGACGUCUCUCUCUCUCUCUCUCUAUCUUUAAUUGUGCGGGCCUGGACGUUGCCACCCGUCCGCCAUUUCUGGCUGGAGUUCCACCGCCCGCUCGUGCUGCCCAAUCGGAUUGAAAGGAAUCGUCCAGGAGCUGUGUUUUGUCUGGAUUCUAGUGCACAUUUGUGGUGCUGAGAUAUGGGGAAGAAAAAAAAAAUCAACGUUUUCAGAGAUAAGGUGGCUACAAUCUGGCAAUUGACUGUUGGAUACCCUGGGUGCCCCAAUCGUGGUUGAUUGCUUUUGCUGGUUGGUGACGCAUUUGUAAACACGGCUGUAAGGGGCCCGGUUGGAGCGGUGGCAAAGGGAGAUGAGAAGGGGUUUUGAAAUUUUGCUAACAUUGGGGACCAAGAAAUGGACCAAAGAUUCGAUCGAAUCCUGUGCUGCAUCCCGUGAUGGUUUCGCUGACAAGCUUCGUCCUCUGAUUCAGGGUGUGAUCUCUGGUUCACCCACAUGAACGUGGGCUCAGAUCCAUGACAUGACAGUUUUGGCCUUGGAUGUAUCUGAGACAGGUGGAUCGCUCCACUGGCCUUUAUCCAAAAUUACCCUAAUUUAAGCCCCUUUUUUUUUUAAUUUUGGGGCAUGUGAUUAAGUACUUAGAAUUUUUCUUUUUUUUGGGCAGAAACUUAGAAGCAUUGAACAAAAUAAUCAAUAAAUUUGCCCUCCUUAAUCUCCUCUCUCUGAAAA